AUGGCAACUUCGUUUCACUGUUUCCCAAUCAUCUCUGCAGCAGCAUCUUCUUCUUCUUCUUCUUCUCACGAUGAUCGGACCAAAGCCCAGAAACUGCCCCUCCCAAACUCCAAUUGGUUCACCCCGCUUUUCGGUUGGGCAUCCAAUCCGGACUACAUCCAACAAGCCUCAACUUCCUGCUCCGGGGCUCCCAAGUUCCAACCCGGGUGUUUCACCGAGGAGAAGGCAAAAGAGCUGAGGAAAAUGACCGUAGAGACUUCCACGUUCCACGACAUAAUGUACCACUCCGCUAUUGCGUCCCGGCUAGCAUCCGACGUUUCAGGACGCCAGAACCAGAAUCAUCGCUGA